AUGUCCGAACCAGGCCCGGAAUCGAUCCCCACAAGCGCAGAUCCACGCAGCAAGCGGCCAACAAAACGACGCAUCAUGACACCGCAUUCAGAGGUCGCCAACGAGAUCCAGACACUCUUCAAAGACCCCAGCAAAGACCUGCAACUACCCAAUGCCUCGAAGCAGCGUACUGUAGCGUCGCUCUCGGCGCCGCCAGAGAUCGUCACCAAUGUGCAGGGUUCAUCUGCCGGUGCGGGCUCUGGUGAAUUCCACGUGUACAAGGCUAGUCGGCGGCGGGAGUAUGAACGACUGCGAUUGAUGCAGUCUGAGGUGGAAAAUGAGAAGAGUGAUGAGGCUUGGGAGAAAGAACGGGAGGAGGCGAAGCGAAAGGAUAAUGAGAAGACCGAGAAGAAUCGGAGGAGGAGGGAGAAGAAGAGAAAUUUGCGUGCGAAGAAGGGUGGUGAUCAGAAUGAUGUUGCUCCUGUGAAUGGCCCGGCUCCGGGCUCGAUGGUUACUAUGGAAGAUCACGAUGGAGGUGCUGUGGAGGGCCAGGUUCCCCAGCAGGAAGUUCCUGGUGUCAUUAUUCAUGAUGAGGACUAG